GCCCAAAAGACUAUGAAUCAUCUCAAACAAGAUGAUGCGAAACUUACCCAAGUCCAAGCUAAAGCUCCUACUAAGAGUAUUACUUAUACUCAACCUUUUAAUGGCGUCUUCCUUUUCUCUCACGCGCUCUUUCUCUCUCCUCCGCUCUCACCCUCCUUCUAACCUCCGGUACUUUUCUUCUUGCGCAAGAAAUUCGCGCAUAAAUUACCUGCACAAAUCCUUCACUUGCCCUAUCUGGUCUUCUUCAUUCUCCUUCUGUCUCGACUACUACCACACUCGCCAUCAUCGCACAACCUCACUUUCUCUCUCCUCUUCUUCAUCGCAUUUCUCUUCUCUUUCCUCUCCCAUGGCUUCCGUCACCUCUUCUGUGCCAAUCUCAGCCGUUGAUGACUCUAAUCCUCUUUUGUGUGACUUCGAUUUUCCGCCGUUUGAUUCUGUCAAGCCUGAGCAUGUUCGUCCUGGAAUCCGCGCUUUGUUGAAGCAAUUGGAGAAUGAAUUGGAUGAAUUGGAGAAGAAUGUGGAACCGAAAUGGGAGAAGUUGGUGGAUCCAUUGGAGAAACUUUUUGAUAAAUUGAGUGUGGUUUGGGGAAUGGUGAAUCAUCUUAAGUCUGUUAAAGAUUGCGCCGAACUUCGCUCUGCUAUCGAGGAAGUUCAGCCAGAGAAGGUGAAAUUUGAGCUUAGGCUCGGACAAAGCAAGCCACUUUACAAUGCAUUCAAAGCUAUCCAAGAGUCUUCUGACUGGUCAAAUCUGAGUGAGGCUCGUAAAAGAAUUGUUGAAAACCAAAUAAAGGAGGCUGUUCUCAGUGGUGUUUCUCUUGAAGAUGACAAGAGGGACCAGUUUAACAAAAUUCAGCAGGAGUUGCAAAGACUUUCUCAAAAGUUUGAGGAGAAUGUUCUGGAUGCAACCAAGAAAUUUGAAAAACUAGUGACCGACAAGAAAGAAAUUGAAGGAUUGCCUGCCACUGCUUUGGGUUUGGCUGCUCAAACAGCAGUCUCCAAGGGACAUGAAAAUGCUACUGCCGAAAAUGGCCCGUGGAUUAUAACAUUAGAUGCUCCGAGCUAUAUGGCAGUUAUGCAACAUGCUAGAAAUCGGUCUUUACGUGAGGAAGUAUACCGGGCUUAUGUGUCCCGUGCUUCUAGUGGCGACCUUGAUAACAGUGAAAUUAUCAACCAGACAUUGAAGCUUCGUCUAGAAAAGGCAAAGCUUCUUGGAUACAGCAACUUUGCAGAGGUGAGCAUGGCAAUGAAAAUGGCUACUGUUGAUAAAGCAGAAGAACUUUUAGAAAAGCUUCGCGCUGCUUCUUGGAAUCCGGCUGUUCAAGAUCUGGAAGACGUUAGAAGUUUCUGCAAGCAGCAGGGCGCUGCUGAGGCUGACAACUUGACCCACUGGGAUAUAAGCUUUUGGAGUGAAAGGCUUCGAGAGUCCAAGUAUGAUAUUAAUGAGGAGGAGCUACGCCCAUACUUUUCUUUGCCAAAGGUGAUGGAUGGACUAUUUUCCCUAGCAAAGAAGUUAUUUGGGAUCGAUAUUGAGCCUGCAAAUGGUCUAGCUCCAGUGUGGAACAAAGAUGUUGGAUUUUAUUGUGUCAAGGAUUCCUCAGGUUCUCCUAUAUCAUACUUCUAUUUUGAUCCGUACUCUCGGCCUGCUGAGAAACGAGGUGGUGCAUGGAUGGAUGAGGUGUUUUCUCGAAGUCGUGUAUUGUCUCGGAACGGUUCUUCUGUGAGGCUACCUGUUGCACAUAUGGUUUGCAAUCAAACUCCACCCGUUGGCGACAAGCCAAGCCUUAUGACAUUCCGUGAAGUCGAGACUGUUUUCCAUGAAUUUGGUCAUGCUCUUCAACAUAUGCUUACCAGGCAUGAUGAGGGUCUUGUGGCUGGUAUUCGAGGUAUUGAGUGGGAUGCAGUUGAGCUUCCUUCUCAGUUCAUGGAGAACUGGUGCUACCAUAGAGACACUUUGAUGGGCAUUGCAAAACACUAUGAAAGUGGUGAGACCCUUCCUGAAGAUGUUUAUAAGAAACUUCUGGCAGCUAGGACUUUCCGUGCUGGUUCUAUGAGCCUUCGUCAGUUAAGGUUUGCUUCAUUGGAUUUGGAGUUACAUACACGAUAUAUUCCUGGAGGUUCAGAAUCCAUCUACGAUGUUGAUCAAAGGAUCAGCCAAAAAACACAAGUUAUUCCACCACUUCCUGAAGAUCGCUUCCUUUGCAGUUUCAGCCAUAUAUUUGCAGGUGGAUAUGCAGCUGGAUACUACAGCUACAAGUGGGCCGAAGUAUUAUCUGCAGAUGCUUUCUCAGCAUUUGAGGAUGCUGGAUUGGAUGAUGACCAGGCUGUCAUAAACACAGGACGCAGAUUCCGAGAGACCAUUCUCGCUCUCGGUGGUGGCAAAGCACCAUUAGAGGUGUUUGUGGAAUUUCGUGGACGUGAGCCAUCCCCCGAACCACUGCUCCGUCACAAUGGUUUAUUACCAGUUACGGCAGCAUGAGGCCAAUUUUGCAAAAUUUAACCUAUUCCUUUGUGUUUGUGGUUGAGUUGCUUCCUUUCUUUUAGCAUUUCUGGGAAGGGACUUUCAACACAGGGAUCAUUACUUUCUUUUCCUUCUUGUAACUUGAAAUAGUCAGGUUCACCUUUCUUGUAACAAACUAAUGUUUGUUGACAACUUUCUAUAGUGAUUUAAUUUCCACCAA